UCAUGACUGAGAGGGUAACAACUGAAAUGACAACGUAGUUCGUGGACGAUUCAUAAGAAUGAGUAGUGAUCUGUUCAUGGCGCCAUCUUGUUUCUGCUUUUCGAAAAAUUAGUGUCUGAACACCUCAAAAAACAUCUGAAAUUUCUUCAAAAACAGGAAAAGCGUCACCGGUAUACCACGUUAAUCGACGGAGUGUAUUUCGAAGAUGCUUCUGAUAUAAAAAUUGUGUGAAUUGAGUUUUUCCUGGGACGGUUCACCAAGUUAUAAUUCAACCCUUUCGGACAGAAGACAAAUUACUGGCUUUUGUACAACCCCAAAAAGGUUCCCAUGUUGAUGAGUUGAUCUUUACCGCUUGAUGUUUCUCUGGCCACCAUGAGCAUUAGUAGUGAUGAAGUCAACUUUCUGGUGUACAGGUAUCUACAGGAGUCAGGUUUUUCACAUUCAGGGUUCACAUUUGGCAUUGAGAGCCACAUCAGUCAGUCCAAUAUCAACGGGGCGUUGGUGCCCCCAGCAGCUCUCAUCUCAAUCAUACAGAAAGGACUCCAAUAUGUGGAGGCAGAAAUCAGUAUCAAUGAGGAUGGGUCGGUGAUGGACAAUGGGUUCGAUUCCCUGUCCCUGAUAGACGCUGUCAUGCCAGACGUCAUCUCAUCACGGAAGAGUGAACUGACGAGGCAGGCGGCCGCCAACACAAAUAACACCAAUAAAGUGGACGGUGCAAAUGCCAAUGGUGACGAUGUAGCUCUCAACUCAUUACAAGCCAACCACAUGGAAUCGAUGGAGAUUGACGGCGGUGUAGAAAUCCCAGCCACCAAGGCAACCGUUCUCAGGGGUCAUGAGUCAGAAGUCUUCAUCUGUGCCUGGAAUCCAUGCAACGACCUUUUAGCGUCAGGUUCUGGUGACUCGACAGCGAGAAUAUGGAACCUUAGCGAGAAUAACAGUAGCCCUCAUCAAUUAGUACUACGACAUUGUAUUCGAGAAGGUGGUCAAGACGUUCCUAGCAACAAAGAUGUUACCUCGUUAGAUUGGAACUGUGACGGUACCCUGUUAGCAACCGGCUCCUACGACGGCUACGCUAGAAUAUGGUCGACAGACGGCCGGUUAGUUAGUACGUUAGGCCAACACAAAGGCCCCAUCUUUGCACUGAAAUGGAACAAGAAGGGCAACUACAUACUCAGUGCCGGGGUGGACAAGACGACAAUCAUCUGGGACGCCCAAUCAGGAGAGUGUAAACAACAAUUUCCCUUCCAUUCAGCGCCAGCAUUGGACGUGGACUGGUGUUCUAAUGUAUGUUUUGCUUCGUGUUCAACAGACCAGUGUAUCCAUGUGUGUAAACUGGGUAACGACAAACCAAUCAAAACAUUCCAGGGACACACGAAUGAAGUCAACGCCAUCAAAUGGGACCCAACAGGCACGAUGUUAGCAUCAUGUUCAGAUGACAUGACGUUAAAGAUCUGGUCAAUGAAGCAAGAUUGUUGUGUACACGAUCUGCAGGCUCAUAAUAAAGAAAUCUACACCAUUAAAUGGAGCCCUAAUAACCCAAAUACACCACUCAUGCUAGCCAGUGCGUCGUUUGACUCAACAGUAAGGUUGUGGGACGUUGAUAGAGGUAUCUGCAUACACACCCUCACCAAACACCAAGAGCCUGUUUAUAGCGUAGCGUUCAGUCCCGAUGGCAAGUACCUCGCCAGCGGCUCAUUCGAUAAAUGUGUUCACAUCUGGUCCACACAGACGGGUACGCUUGUACAUAGUUAUAGAGGGACAGGGGGAAUCUUUGAAGUGUGUUGGAAUUCAAGGGGAGAUAAAGUUGGAGCGAGUGCAUCAGACGGUUCAGUGUGUGUUUUGGAUCUGCGGAAAUGAUGCAAACUAUUGCAGAGACCCACAAGGAAUUUUUUGUACCAGGAUUGUGUAAAAAAAAAAAGAUAAAAAGAUACAAAAAAAUUGGUUGGACGCGAUGGACAGCACCCUGUGGGAAGGACCAGACCCCAAAAAAGGGGGUAAAAAAUAGUGAGCCGAAAGAUUUGAGGGGCUUUCCCCCUCAUGGUGGUGAGGUGUAUGAUGUCAAUCCGUCCCCUGAUUCUAUCCAAGGGUCGGGGCAUGAUGACAGGAUCACAGGCCAAUGGUUCGCUAGAUGAAUCGGAGCGAGACGGCCUCACUCCAGCGGUGACAACGUCACGGAGGUAGGAGACCCUUCUUCCUCCCAGGGGGGCGGGGAUGACUCGCCAACCAAUAAUGGACUUGCAGCAGCUGCUAAAACCGCCUCCUUAUAUUGUCAGUAUCCCAACCCCCUCCCCAGGCAAGGAGUGGAUCAGCCCGUGUUUUCUGAGCAUGACAGCAGUGACCUCACACUCAUUGUUUGCAAGUGGGGACCUCGGCUUGAGUUUACAGUGCGCCCUCGUGUAAAUGAUUGCCUCGCCUUAACCGCCAAAAGCUCGAUGUCGGUGAGGAAAAAAAGCAGACCCGAUAGUUCAACCAUCAAGGGGGCAGUAGUGGACCACCCAAGGAGGGACCAUGAAGGGAGUCAAAAGGUCAUAGGAUUUGUCAACUUGUCUACGGUGACUCAGGGAUUUUAUUACUGCAAACUUGUGACAUGAUCUCUGCUGCCUUUAACGGCCGACGUUGAGGGCAGUAUUUGACAAAAAAGUGAGCGGGUGCGCUUUUGUAGUUUUUUGUUGUUGUUGUGACAUCUGCUAUUGAUUUAAGGGGGGUUUGUUUUUAUAAUCGGUAAAGGUCGUAGGUCAGUCUAUCGACCCUAUCAUGAGAAAGGUCAUGAUAAAGGUCAAUGACCCUUUUUAAGCCUAUCAUAGGAAAGGUCAAGAAAACUGGUAUAUUUUUCAGGCUAUCGUGAGAGAGGGGUCAUCAGGGACCAACCUUGGAGAUGCCUAGCAAAAAAAAGUUAGGAUGUUGUAGUUUUUUUCCCCUCAAAGUUAAAGACAAUCCAAUACUAUUAAAAUUCAUGGUCGAUGGAAAAAAGGACAGCCAGGUGUCAGCUGAACAAGACAGCUCAAAGUUUAUACGGAUAUCCUUAACGCGACCAUCAUUACCAUGCAGAGGCCAAUUUUUUAGCUCUGCUUACCGCCAAAUUCAAUUAUCAUUUUCGCUUACUUUGCAAGGAGACAAAGUUCAAAGCUAUAGCUGUUUAAGUGAAGAAUUUCUAGUAGUAUGGAGUAUGCAUGCGCAUAAGCCAAAAUUCCCUGCUAACCCGUGAACUACGCUUGACGUAAGCAUGGAAUUCCCUGCGUCCAUAAGCACUGGUUCUUUACCUUCUGUAAGCAGAGCCAUUUAAUUGGAUCAAGAUGUUUCCCUGUUCGUGCUAUCUUUAAGAAAACAACCCAAAGCUACUUAGCAGAAAGUGAGCAUGGAACAGGUCCUAAUGGCUGUACAUUACAAGUCAAAUUUGUUUAGCCCAAAACUAAUGUCAUGAAUGAAACCUUGUUUGGUUCGUUUCUGCUCCAUGGAAUUCAAAAUGUGACGUUACUCUCCCCAAAAAUACCUUUUUCCUUUGCUAAAAAAGUCUGUUGAUGGACAAUCAGUUUGGGCAUGAGGACAAAUUUUAUAACUAGGUUGUUAAAAAUCUCUUCUUUUUUUUUCUUUUUUUUUUAUUAUCGGGAGUUGUGCCAAUGUCCCCAAUCCUGCUGCUAUGGACCCCCCCCCUGAAAGAAGAAGCACUUCUGAAUAUUCAACAGGUUGCAAGGCAUAUAAUGGACCAAUCGCAUCGAGCUUUGAUUAAAAAAUUUGUAAUUGGCUUCCAUAGUGUCACCGCUAACCGACAACAGACAAUUUGGUUGGCUGUAAUGAUAGCUUUAAACAAUCAGGAUCAUAAACAAGGCUCGUUUUGAGUUCUUUUAAUUUUCGUUGAUUGCAAAAACGUAGUUGUUUUUUUCGUCUGUGAGAAUAAAAUGUCAAGGCAAAUGAGUACGAGUCUCAUUUUCGGAGUCUGUACACUUUUGCAUGUAAAGAUGGCCCCCCAGUCUGUACACU